UUUUUUUUUAACAAAAUAAUAAUCAAAAAUGGUCGCUCAAGUUCAAAAGCAAGCUCCUGCCUUCACUGCCCCCGCUGUCGUUGAUGGUGAGUUCAAGGAUAUCUCUCUCUCUGACUACAAGGGAAAGUAUGUUGUCUUCUUCUGGUACCCCAUGGAUUUCACCUUUGUUUGCCCCACCGAAAUCCUUGCCUUCUCUGAACGUGUCAAGGAGUUCGAAGCUUUAGAUACUGUUGUCAUUGGUGCCUCUACUGAUUCCGAAUUCUCUCAUCUUGCCUGGAUUAACACUCCCCGUAAGCAAGGUGGUCUCGGUGAGAUGAACAUUCCUCUUCUCGCUGAUAAGACCAAGUCCAUUGCCAAGGACUAUGGUGUUCUUAUCGAAGAAGCUGGUAUUGCUCUCCGUGGUCUCUUCAUCAUUGACCCCAAGGGUACCGUCCGUCAAAUCACCAUCAACGAUCUCCCCGUUGGUCGUUCCGUUGACGAAGUCCUCCGUCUCGUUGAAGCCUUCAAGUUCACUGAUGAGCAUGGUGAGGUCUGUCCCGCUAACUGGACUGCUGGUGCCAAGACCAUCAAGCCCGAUGUCAAGCAAUCCAAGGAAUACUUCUCCACCGUCAACUAAAUCCUCUAAUCCCCCCUAAAAAAAUCACAAAAAAUGUAUAUACCGUUAGAGGAAUAAAACGCGUAGAAAAAAAAAUUUAAAUUUUAUUUCAUAAAAAUAAAAAAAUCAUUGCUUUUUUUUUCAACUAUCCUA